AAUUCCAAACCAAACCAUGGGCUGAGUCCUACCCACUCCUCCUUCAAAUACUGAAGACCCUAAAACACACAUUUUGUGCAAAAUAGCUUGAGGAGAUAAUUUCCAAACCGCUUCAAGUUCAUUUUUAUGUUGAAGUUUGGCAAGAGGCCAUUUCCAAUGAUCGGGAAGCUGUCGGAAUUGCUAGUUUCCGGCAACCGUGCCGGGUUUUUCUUCGACAUGGGCACGACAAGCCCAAGAAGUCCAUUAGACCUCAAGAUGCAAUCUUCUAGCCCCAGAGGGUUGAAGAAUUAUGAUCUUGGUGGUGUUGGGUUGGGCAUAGUUGCUGCCUUGGAAAAGUCGAGCCAUAAUGGACGUGAGAUUUUGGCCAAGUAUGCGGUUUGUGGUCAAAACCUGAACCAAUCAGAGCCAAUUCCUGUAAGCUCUGCUCAAAACUGUGAUGGGUUUUCAACCAGGGGUCUCCCGGAGUUUGAGGAAGAUAGCUUGGAGAAUUAUACUUAUGUGACUCAGCGUGGACGCAACAAGUCUUUCACUAGGGUUUACUAUGAUGGAGGUGACUGCAAAACCAGUUCCAUGCACCAUCGUGUAGAGGAUGAUUUGCAGACAUGUAAUGAUAACAAUCUUGCUUCUGUUUUUCCCACCUCGGAUUUUCUCAGUUCAUGCCAUUUGUGCAAGAAAAACCUCCACGGCAAAGACAUAUACAUGUACAGAGGAGAGAGUGCGUUUUGUAGCACAGAAUGCAGAGCAACGCAGAUGAUGAUGGAUGAGAGCAAAGAACGAUGCAGAUCAGAAGCUUUAAGAUCGGUAGAAGUUUCAGGGUCAUCUUGUUCAAGAGAUCAGAUCUUCUCAACUGGGAUUCUUGUGAUUUAGCACUGUCAGUACAUAGGCGGCUUCACACUAAAUACAUAUAGAUGAGAACUAUCAGCUUUUUGUUUACCUAAGAACCAAAAAAGUAAGAAAAGAAAAAAAAAGGAAAAUUUUGGCUAUAAGUUGGAAUCGAUCGACCUUUGUAUUCUGUGAUGACAACAGGAACAUUUUUUAAGAAUAAAGAACAAUUCUAUACUUAGAUUUCAGUUACACUUGGAAGGGAGGGUCGGCUUCUGAUUUAGUGUUUCAUGUAAGAUUUAUGCCAGUGUAAUUAGAUACUAGCCCAGAAUAACAUUGAGAUAAUAAUCUCAUUCUAGUAAUUUGCAGCGGGUUGUGCCGUUUGAAC